GUGUUUCCUCCUUUUACUUCAUGUCAGGGAAAAGAUUCGGGGUUAAAUAGAAGGAUUGGAUCAUACCUCUCAUUUCUCUUUGAUAAAUUGUAGGAAUUGCUCCAGGCUCACGAUAUGAUUGGACUGCUGAUCGCUGCCCUCGCAUCUAACUGCCUUGCAGUGCCUGUUGAUCUGAGGACUGAUCUUCUAAAGUCAGUGUGUAGAGACGAGCUGAAAGCUGGAGGACUGACCGAUUUGUUUGCCCGGAACGUUGCUCACAGACUUCACUCCAUCUCCGUGGAGGACAUUCAGAAGUACUUCAGCGCUAGUGUUGGUGAGGAGAACAACAUUCCAACUGUUAACAAGGACCUAGGGAGUGAGGAGAGAGUGCUCCCUCAUGCACCCCACACCGGAUAUGAUGACGGCUUCACCACUGAUGCUCUCAAAUACCUUGAUCUGAUCCUGAGAAACAUGGACAAGGCCCACUACUCUAUCACAAACUUCAGUGUCCUGGAGAAGAUAGCCCACGUGCUGCACAUGAACGAGAUGUGGAGCCGCGCUCACUCCCACUACCAGGCCCUCCUCCUCCGUCCUCCAACUCCGGAGAUGUGUCUCUGUGCCACUAACACCGACCUCAACGGUAUAAAUCAGGAGCUCAACAUCCUCGCUCUGAAGAUUAAAUACCCCGGGAUUACAUCUGGAGAAUACGAGAAGCUGAAGGAGAUGGGAAAACAAGGAUACGACGUUGACUACAGCUACGGCAAACUUGAUGCCCCUCAACCUCCCGCCGGUUACGACGUUGACUACAGCUACGGGAAACUUGAUGCUCCUCAACCUCCUCCAGGCUAUGACAUUGACUACACCUACGGCAAGAUGGACAACCCCUCAGCAAGUUUCCAGGAGAAACUGAUGGAAUUCGACUUCACUGGAAAAGAGAGCGAGGUAGUUGAAAGAGUUUCCAAAGAUCUGGUGGACGGAGACCACGGCAUGGCUCAGCACUUGGACAGUGAGGAAGGCUGGGCUUACUGGAAGGAGAAGAUGACUGGCAUGAAGGAGAUAGGAAACUACGAACUUGCUGUCUUCAUGUACUGUAAACUCAACCAGUGAUUGUUAUUCCUAUUUUACACGGAUAUUUUAUAGGAACUGUAUGACACAUUUAUUUGGGAUUUUUUCACUCUUUUUCUGCUGGCUGGAAUUUCUGGUGCAUUAAUAUUUGGUGCAUUAUUUAUUGAUUUUAAAAUUACGAGACGUGCUGAUAUCAUAAUAUCUUAAUAUAUUUGUAACACUAUUUUUGCAUACAAAAAUGUA